GACAGACAGGAUCGGUGGCUGAGUAUCGCGCAGAGUUCCUUAAGCUGGGAAACCAGUGUAAGGAAAUGACGGAGGAGACUCUGGUGGGAUUGUGUAUGGCGGGACUCCGUCCUGAACUGGCAACCGCCGUUAAGGUUUUCAAACCUAACUCUCUUCGAGUUGCUUUCAGGAUCGCAGGGCGCAAGGAAGAGGAGCUGGCUAGUUGGAGGACGUCGGCUGGGCGUAUCCAGAAGGCCAGUGGAGGUAUGGGAGUAAGAGCUGGUACCGCACCGCCGCCGGGAAAUGCAAGCCCGGCGUCCACUGGAGCAGCAUCGAGAAACAGGUUCCAGUCGAGGCUGCCACCAAAGGGGUUUCCGGCUAACCCAGGCGGAAAUGGACUAGAAGCGCAGGGACGGUCGUUGCUUCAACUGCGAUGAAAGGUACACAGUGGGACAUCAAUGCGCCAAGGGACAUCUAAUGCUGCUUGUCGGAAACUGGGAAUAUGAAGGGGAGGAGAUCGAGGCGCGAGAAGCGGAGGAGAAGAAGAAAGAGAAGAAAGAAGGUCCACCUUGAGGGCAAGGUGGGUUUCAAGGGGGAUGGGAUGUUAGAUAGCCGUUAAUUGGGGGAGGGGGAUUAUUUGUUAUUUGGACAUUUUAUGUUAUGUUGGUUAUUUCGGGAAUUAUUGGGGUUAAAUCGGUCAGGUUAAGUCUUUGGGUAGUUAUAGGGAAUUAGUCGGAUUAUAUAUAUUCUGUGUUAGGUCUAAGUUAGGGUUAAGCAAUAACAACAGAAUUGUUCC